AUGACACAGAAUGGUAUAGCUGCGGGGGGUGACGAGAUCGUCACUACGUCCCAGACAUAUGCAAACGACCACGAUAUCGAGAAGGAGGUCUAUGACAAAGAUGGGGCUGGAGCUCCAGAGCUUGCAGAGACAAAAGAAUUGAGACGAGGUCUGCAACAGCGUCAUAUUCAAAUGAUUGCACUCGCAGGGACGAUUGGAACCGGUCUAUUUCUAGGUUCUGGAAGAGCUCUGGCUCAGGCCGGACCCGCAGGCAUAUUUAUGGGAUAUACUAUUAUGGGACUAUUGAUUUCAGGCGUUACGCUUUCUAUCGGAGAGCUGAGCGCCCUUGUUCCUCUUAGCGGAGGUAUCAUUCGACCAGCGGCUUACUUUGUGGACCCAGCGUUCUCUUUCGCCCAGGGCUGGAACGUCACAUAUCAAUACUUGAUCUCGAUUCCGGCCGAGUGCGUCGCCGCAGCUACUAUCGUGCAGUUUUGGGUGACAAUCAAUAAUGCAAUUUGGGUUACGGUUUUUAGCGCUGUUCUCUUUGCUACUAACGCGUUCCUUGUGAGGAUAUACGGUGAAGUGGAAUUUCAUCUUGCGCUUUUGAAAAUAUUCCUGAUUGUCGGUAUGAAUAUUAUGGUAUGGAUUCGGAACCCCCUUCUUGUGAAAUAUUACGGUGCUCAUCAUGCUAUACAGGGCAUUGUUGUUACUGCGGGUGGUGGUCCGAACCAUGAAACAAUUGGCUUUAAAUAUUGGCAUGACCCCGGACCAUUCGUGCAAUAUCUUGAUGUCCCAGGCUCGUUGGGCCGUUUUAUGGGAUUUUGGACUGUUUUUGCGAAUGCGGCAUAUGCUUAUUCUUCAGUGGAGACCAUUUCCAUGGCCGCUGCAGAAACAUAUGCUCCCCGAAGAAACAUCCCAAAGGCGGCGAAGAGAGUAUUUGUUCGUGUUCUUUUGUUUUAUGUCAUCUCGAUUUUCAUGAUUACUCUUCUGAUCCCAUCCGACGAUCCUAUGCUCCUAAGGAGUACUGGCACCGCGGCGCAGUCGCCAUUUCUUAUUGCCGCAACUCGAGCCGGCAUCCCAGUGGUACCCCAUAUAAUUAAUGCAAUUGUUCUUACCAGCGCUUGGAGCUCGGCAAACUCAAGUUUCGUUGUUGAGCGGCUCACGAAUUCUCUUUGGCCUCGCCCGAGAAGGCCAAGCCCCGAAAUUUCUCGCACGUACCAACCGUUGGGGGGGGUUCCUUACAUGGGUGUUCUUGCGAUCGGUGUGUGGAUGGCGCUCGGCUACAUGUCUGUUAGUGCCACUGCCGCAACGGUAUUCACAUGGCUACAGGACCUUGUGGCAUGUGCUCAGAUUAUGGGGUGGCUUGUGAUUUGCACCACUUAUUUACGGUUCUACUAUGCCAUGAAAAAGCAAGGAAUCUCCCGCCAAAGACUCCCCUGGAAAGCGCCGUUUCAACCGUAUGCGGCAUGGAUAACUUUAGUUUCGCUUAUCAUUAUCCUGCUUACUGGUGGCUAUACGACUUUUAUCCAUGGACACUGGUCUACCGAAACAUUCAUUUCGGCAUACCUUGAUAUUGGAAUCUUUGCAGCGCUCUACUUUGGAUACAAGAUCUGGUAUCGAACUAAGAUUAUCUCCUUGGACGAGUCACCAGUGGCUCGUUUCGUGGAGAUCGCAGAGAAUGACCCUGAUCCUCCAGAGGAACCAAAGUCAGCAUGGUCAAAAAUUAACAUCCUGUGGAGUUGA